AGAGUUUCGAAGUGGCGUUGACGAGUUCGUUGCGGUAGCAACGAACCACGUGAACGCUGACGGAUUAGCUCGAUGCCCAUGCAUGCGGUGUUUGAAUGUCAAUUUUCACACACCUGCAACUAUAAGGGUUCAUUUAUUUCUCAGCGGGAUCCAACCUUCGUACAACCCCUGGUAUUUCCACGGGGAGACUUUCUCUCAGCCCGCAGUUGAACUUCCUGAAAAUGACGAAGAGGAAAUGGCAGAUGUGUUGGCGGACAUGUUAAGAGGGGACCCUGGGUUUGACGAAUCUGCUAACACUACUGAUUCUUUCAAUGAACCCCCUAUCAACGACAACAACAAGUUCGAUGACUUGUUUAAGGAGAUGGAGGCUGAGUUAUAUCCAGGUUGCAAAAAAUCAGCCCUUAAUGCACUGGUAAAGCUUAUGCACUGCAAGGUUUUGAAUAGGUGGAGCAACCACUCUUUCGAUAUGUUGCUGUCCAUCUUGAUUGAUCUAUUUCCAGAGGGGACAAAAUUACCGAAGUCGCAUUAUGAGUCGAAGAUGCGAUUGCGCAAUCUAGGUUUGGGUUACGACUCAAUAGAUGUGUGCAAGUAUAAUUGUGCUAUUUUUUGGAAGGAGAAUGAGAAGAAGGAGUUUUGCCCUGUAUGUGGCGAAUCACGAUGGGUGAAAAGAAAGGGUAAGGGGAAAAAAGUUCCUCACAAAGUUAUGCGUUACUUCCCACUCACACCUAGGCUGAAACGAUUAUAUUGCUCAAGACACACUGCGGAGGAUAUGCGGUGGCAUUACUCGCAGAGACCGAAAGAAGACGGUGUGCUUAGGCAUCCUGCAGAUGCUGAAGAAUGGAAGCGGUUUGACCGCCUUCAUCCGUCUUUUACUGUUGAACCUAGAAAUGUCAGACUGGGAUUGGCGACUGACGGUUUUAAUCCAUUUGGCAACAUGAGCAACUCUUACAGCCUGUGGCCAGUUAUUUGUGUCCCCUAUAAUUUGCCACCGUGGAAGUGUAUGAGUUCUGAAUCGUUGUUGUUGACCUUAUUAAUUCCAGGUCCAUCAUCUCCUGGGAAAGACAUAGAUGUAUUCAUGAGACCGUUAAUUGAUGAACUGAAACAGUUGUGGGAGACGGGUGUUGAAACCCGAGAUGCCUACAACGGAACUGUGUUUUCAAUGCGUGCGGCAGUGUUGUGGACAAUAAAUGACUUUCCUGCUUAUGCUCUAAUGUCUGGUUGGAGCACAAAAGGGUAUAUGGCGUGUCCCACUUGCAAUGAACAUACUCCUUCCAUUGGCCUAAAUAGUAAGAUUGGAUAUGUUGGCCACAGACGCUUUCUCGAAAUGAGUGAUCCGAGAAGGAGAAGCAAAAAGUACAAUGGUAAGCCUGAGAAGAGAGCACCACCUCCUGUAUUGACGGGGGAUGAUAUUUUAUCUCAAUUAGACCGAAUUCCAUUGACUUUGCCUGGAAAACACAAACAGUUCGGGGGUGUGAAACGGAAGCGUUCUAGUGAAGAGCUCAAUUGGUCUAAAAAAAGUAUUUUUUUUGAGCUUGAGUACUGGAAGUCAAAGUCCUUACGACAUAAUCUUGAUGUAAUGCACAUUGAGAAAAAUGUGUGUGAUAGCUUAGUAGGUACUCUUCUAAGUAUCGACGGGAAGUCAAAGGAUACCGACAAGGCGAGAAUGGAUUUGCAAGACUUGCAAAUACGACGAGAGUUGUGGUUGUAUGAAGACCGAAACGGGAAGUGGAAGAAGCCUCCAGCUAGUUACACACUUAGUGUUCAAGAACGGAUUGAAUUUGCAGACUUCAUAAAGUCUGUACGAUUUCCUGACGGUUUUGCAGCAAACUUAGACAAAAAUGUCAACUUGGAUACGGGCAAGAUUUCCGGGCUCAAAUCACAUGAUUGUCAUGUGUUGUUACAACGUUUACUACCGGCAGGUAUCCGUAAGUUCUUGAAAAAAGAAAUCCGGGACACAAUCAUUGAGCUGUGUGUGUAUUUUAAACAAUUAUGCUCAAGAACACUUCAUGUUUCGGAUUUAGAAAAAAUGCAAACAAAUAUUUUAACUAUUUUGUGCAAGUUAGAAACAAUUUUUCCACCGGCCUUCUUCGACAUAAUGGUUCACGUAGUUAUGCAUCUCCCUAAAGAAGCUAUACUAGGUGGACCAGUGCAGUACAGGUGGAUGUAUCCCAUUGAGCGCUCAAUGUCUGUGUACAAGCAAUAUGUCAGGAAUCGUGCCCGUCCGGAAGGCUCUAUUGCUGAAUCUUUUGUGGUUAAUGAGGCAUUAACCUUUUGCUCAAUGUACUUUCGGGAAGUGGAAACUCGAUUCAACCGUCCUGACCGGAACAAUGACAUUGUCCAAAACAUGCCAACUCGACAAUUUUCUGUAUUCAAGCAUGUUGGUCGACCCAUCGGUAUGAGGACAGUCGACACCUUACCCAUGCAAAGCAAGCGUAAGGCGGAGUGGUACAUUUUGAACAAUUGCACAGAGGUUGAACCGUAUAUCAAUGAGCACAAGGAGUUGCUUCAAGCAAGGGGUGUAGGCAAUAUUGAGACAGUGCAAGAGACUGAGUUCCCUGAAUGGUUCAAAACUCAAAUUAAUGAACUACGGUUGACCAACCAGGGUGCAGUGUCAGAUGAGUUGUAUGCUAUCGCUAACCCAGCGAAUACAGCAAUUUAUUUUUAUCCAGGGUGCAUAGUGAACGGUAUUAAAUUUUUGGUCAAGGAAAGGGAUGAUAACCGCAAAACACAGAAUAGCGGUGUCAUGGUCCCCGGUGAAGAUGGCCAAAAUUUUUACGGCACACUUGAAAAAAUUAUGGAGUUCACUUAUUUGAAAGAUUGCAGUGUUCUCUUAUUUUUUUGUAAGUGGUUUGACACUAACGGGAGUAGAAUGGAUAGUGACGGUGUUAUUACUAGCAUCUGCGUCAACCGACAGUGGUACCAAAAUGAACCGUUCAUACUUGCAUCUCAAGCAAAAUUGAUCUACUACAUUCCUGAUUUAAAGAACGGUAAAGACUGGCUGAUUGUAAAUGAGUACAUACCGCGCAAUGUUUGGGACUUCCCGGACACGGAUGGGGAGACACCCUUUGUACAGGAAAACAAUUCAGCUGAAACCGAGUUCGUUGUUCAACUUCCACAGUUGGAUGAUGUUGACUAUGUUCGCCAUGAUGUCGACCCAACUGAAGUUGCAAACAUCCAUCGUGUGAAUUCACAGCCUCAACAAUUAGAUGAUUUCAUUGUCGAUGAUGACAACGAGGGUCUAAAUACCGAAGAAGACAACUCCUUAGAAUUAGAGAGUGACAGUGAUGAUAAUGCUGUAUAUGUAACUGAUGAUGAGGAUGAUGAAUUGUAAUUGACAUAGUGUUUUAAAUAAAAUAAAAAUUACAACCCUUCUUCUUUAAUAUGUUCGCAAUAUGUUAGUUUAUUUUAAAUAAACAAUAUGUGUUGUAUAUGUAGUAUGUCUACACCAGGUGGCAGCAGUUCGAAAAAGAAAGGCGUCAGAGGUAAAUACAAGGGCAAGAAUGUUGAGGAGGAGCUCUCCAAAACACAAUCUGCCAAGUUACCGAUUGAGGUGCACGCAGAGACUGGCACCCCCGUAGGCAAGAACGGAAAAAAAUUCAACAAUAUGGCCAAAUGGAUGACUCGGAUGUCUAUCCCCAUUAAUAAAUUCAAAUGGGAAGAUGUCAGUAGAGCUGACAUCAACGCACUGUGGGAUAGACUUGAGGUAUGCCUUACUAAUUUUUUUAAUUUCUAAAUUACUAUACUCUUAUUAAAUUGUAAUUAAUGUAUUAAUGUGUAACUUUUUGCAGACCAAGUUUAUCCUCCCACGAGAUAACCCUACAUUCGUAGACUACGGUGAGUACGAGAUGUCAAAGGG